AUGGACAAGGGGGGCGACAUGGCCUCGGUGAGCGACUUCGACCCCAUCGCGGGCAGCAUCCCGGCCACCAAGGUGGAGCUCACCGUCUCCUGCAGGCACCUCUUGGACAAGGACACCUUCUCCAAGUCUGACCCAAUGUGUGUGCUGUAUACCCAGGGGAUAGAGACCAAGCAGUGGAGAGAGUUUGGCAGGACCGAGGUCAUCGACAACACCCUGAACCCUGACUUCGUGCGCAAGUUCAUCCUCGACUACUUCUUUGAAGAGAAACAAAGCCUGCGCUUCGACCUGUACGACGUGGAUUCCAAAAGCCCUGACCUCUCGAAGCAUGAUUUCCUGGGCCAGGCGUUCUGCACAUUGGGGGAGAUCGUCGGCUCGGCAGGAAGCCGCCUGGAGAAGCCGCUGAUGAUGGGAGCGUUCACGUUACAUUCCAGAACAGGGAAGCCCACACCGUCCGUCUCCAACGGUGGGAUUCCAGGGAAAAAGUGUGGCACCAUCAUCCUGUCGGCCGAGGAGCUGGGCAACUGCCGGGAUGUGGCCACAAUGCAGUUCUGUGCCAACAAGCUGGACAAGAAAGAUUUCUUCGGGAAGUCCGACCCCUUCAUGGUGUUCUACCGAAGCAACGAGGAUGGAACCUUCACCAUCUGCCACAAAACGGAAGUGGUUAAGAACACACUCAACCCUGUGUGGCAGGCAUUCUCCAUCCCUGUGCGAGCCCUCUGCAAUGGAGACUACGACAGGACCAUCAAGGUGGAAGUGUACGACUGGGACCGGGACGGCAGCCACGACUUCAUUGGGGAGUUCACAACCAGCUAUCGGGAGCUGGCCCGCGGGCAAAGCCAGUUCAACGUCUACGAGGUGGUGAAUCCCAAAAAGAAAAUGAAGAAAAAGAAAUACAUUAACUCGGGAACAGUGACGCUGCUCUCAUUCACCGUGGAGUCGGAGUACACCUUCCUGGAUUACAUCAAAGGAGGGACACAGAUCAAUUUCACAGUGGCCAUUGACUUCACAGCUUCCAAUGGCAACCCCUCGCAAUCCACCUCCCUGCACUACAUGAACCCGUACCAGCUCAACGCCUACGCCAUGGCACUGAAGGCGGUGGGCGAGAUCAUCCAGGACUACGACAGCGACAAGAUGUUCCCUGCACUCGGGUUCGGAGCCAAAAUCCCUCCUGAUGGGCACGUGUCCCACGAGUUCCCCCUGAACGGCAACGCCGACAACCCCUACUGCAGUGGGAUCGAGGGCAUCCUAGAAGCCUAUCACAAGAGCCUCAAGACUGUCCAGCUGUACGGCCCAACUAACUUCGCCCCAGUGGUCAACCAUGUGGCUAGAUACGCCACCACUGAACAGGACGGCUCCCAGUAUUUCGUACUCCUGAUCAUCACAGACGGGGUGAUAUCGGACAUGGCCCAGACGAAGGAAGCCAUCGUCAAUGUGAGUAACAGGGGUUCUGCUCACCUGCUGUGCCACCGUAUCCCGCAGCUGUAA